AUGUUGAAAUCGAAAUAUUUACCAAUUAAUAGCAACACAUCACGAAGGACACAUAUUAAGGCAAUAAUAUUGAACUCAAUGCAGAUUAUAGUGAUUGGUUUGAUAAUUCUGUUUAUACGAAUACUCUAUACGCUCGAUGCUCGUCACUUUUAUCGCACUGCAACCGACAUAGCGCCAACAGAUUAUUUCGUACUCACAUCGGAGUGCCAAAUGCCUUACGUGGAUCCAUUUUCUUCUGAAGCACUUGAAAUUUUUGAUCCCAAAAAGUUUACAUAUUUGAAUUGUACAAAUGAUGUAGCUCUCGUCCAGCAAAUGUAUCUACACGAGACUAAACAAUAUAAGCUACAUAUGAAUUUGUCGGCAAUGGCCGAAGUUUCGAAUACAAAUAAUGGCAAUAUUGAAGAUAUGCACUGCUGUUACAGGGAAAUUAAGCGGUCAGGAAUAUAUGAGUUAGCCAACUCCGGUUAUGACCUUUCAUCUUGCCAUCGAUUUCAACAAGAUUUUUUGGUGCCACGCCAUAUCGAUUACCUAAUAACCGAGUGCUAUAUCGGUAGCGAAACGAAAGUGGCAAUUCAAAAAGAUGCCUUUACAUUUAUACAAUAUCGUAAAUUAACUGAUUCAUUUAAAGCUGAAAAAUUUUCGAAACUUGGAAUAAAAAGGCCAAGCGUGCUUUUAUUGGGUAUUGAUAGCCUCUCCCGCAUAAAUCUGCGCCGCACUAUGCCCAAAACUUUUAUGCAUUUGCAGAGAAAUGAUUGGUUUGAGUUGAAGGGUUUUAAUAAGAUCGCCGAUAAUACGUUUCCAAAUUUAAUGGCAGCCUUAACAUCAUACAAUCAACCUACAGCCGAGAAGAAGUGUCAAUGCAAAACACUCGGUGGCUACAAUCAACGUAUGUGCAAUCUAAUUUGGAAUAAUUUCAGAGAUUACGGCUAUCGAACCGCUUACGCAGAAGAUGUACCAAUAAUUAGUACGUUUAAUUAUGGACGGUAUGGAUUUGUGGAACAACCAACCGAUUAUUAUCUACGACCUUUUACAAUGUGUAUCGAAAAUAAUAUGCACGUUGAGAAAAUAGACGGUCUACCCGACUGCAUCGGUCGCAAACAUUAUGCCCAAUACAUACUCGACUAUGCAUUGCAGUUUUCGAUUACCUAUACCGAUGAACCAAUUUUCGGGCUUUUCUGGAUGAAUUCGUUUAGUCAUAAUUCCUUCGACAUGCCAGCGACGAUGGAUAUGAAAAUUUUGGAAUAUCUGGCGAGAAUGAAAGAUGAGAACAUUUUAGAACGUACUAUUGUAAUCCUUUUUGCUGACCACGGCAUGCGUUUUGGUCCAUUAUUGAAAUUAAAAUCUGGUUUCUUAGAAGAACGUUUACCAAUGAUGUUUAUAUCAUUGCCACAGUGGUAUCGCAAUGAGCAUCCCGAAUUUGUGAAAGCCUUGCAGGUGAAUAAGAAUCGUCUUACAUCACCAUUUGAUAUAUAUGCAACACUGAAGCAUGUACUGGAAUUGGCCAAUCCCGUAAUAGAAUUCCCCUAUCUAAACGGCACCACCAAAGGCAUCAGCAUAUUUCGUGAAAUUCCCGAGAAUCGUACUUGUCUCAAGGCAGGCAUUGCCGAUCACUGGUGUACAUGUUUGUUAUUUGAAAUUGUUUCGAUUAAUGAUAAAGAGGUGAAAAAUGUUGCUCAUUUAUUAAUUGAUGAGAUGAAUAAAUAUCUCGUUAGUAAAAAUAUUGAAACAAAAUGUGCUGUUCUCAAGUUAAACAAUAUUUAUCAAGCCUUACGAAAAACAAGCAGAAAAGACAAUAACAGUUAUAAUGAACUAACGUACCGAUUGUGGUACUUUGUACGGCCAGGAUUUAAGGAUUUCCAAGCAACGGUUAAUUUUAAUAGGACUGCAAAUAAAAUUGAACUUAAUGUGGAGGAUAUUUCACGUCUAGAUUCCUAUGAGCAGACAGCAUACUGCAUUGAUAUGAAAGAAGCGAAAAAAUACUGCAUUUGUCGCGAAUAA